UCAAGGUAAAGCACUGUCAAAUACAAAAUGCACUUUUCCUUUGAACUUCAUGAUUGCCAUUUUUUAUUACCAUGACUGCUAACAUUUUGGUGCUGCAGUAAUAAACUGUUUUAAUCUGAUUAUGCAAAUGUCUCUUUUCAAUUUCCAGAUUACUGACAACACCAAGAGUAAGAAAAGGGAGGCCUCAAAAGCACUAAAGGCUGAAAUAGCAGCAAACCCUGGCACAGUGGAAUCACAGGUCCAAUUCCACACAGUGUUUCCGUCUUUGGAAGAACACAAAAACCACCCAGUUGUUGGCCCGGUAGCUGAGCUGCGGGAAGGUAUUGAUCCAAGAGUCGAGCAACUCAUUGUCAACCUCACCUUAGCUGGGGCCAGGAAGCUGAGUGAGAUAAGACGGCACCUCGUCAUGUAUGUGGAACAGGACCUGUUUCGAGAUGAGACGCCACCACCUCAGACCAGACGACGAUACCAUCCUACUGAUCAAGAUAUAAGGAAUAUUAUGACCAAGGCCAAAGAGUCAAUGCGAGAGUCAAAUAAUGACCUGGGGGCUAACGUGCAGAUCUUAGCCUCCAGAUGGGAAGCAGACAGCAGCCUAAAGUUCAGACCUAGCGCGGAAACAACACAGCUUCUGUUCUGCUAUCAGACCGGCUGGCAGAAACGGCUGAUGCACAUCUAUGGGCAGCAGAUGUGUCUGCUAGAUGCGACGUACAGAACCUGUCGAUACUCUGUACCUCUCUUCUUCCUAUGUGUCAGAGCGAAUGUGAGUUAUGUUGUGGUAGGACUCUUCAUCGUACAAGAAGAGUCCAUAGCAGCCAUCAAGGAGGCUCUCCAUGUCUUUAAGGACUUCAACCCUAACUGGCAUCCAAGCCAUUUUAUGGUUGAUUUCUCUUCAGCCGAGAUUGCUGCCCUGGAGGAGGAGUUCCAGGAGUCCAAAGUCCUGCUUUGUGACUUCCAUCGUGAAAAAGCAUGGGUGCAGUGGUGCAGGAAGAGAGAGAACGGAGUCGCUGAUGUCCAAGACGCCCUUCUGAAGCUUCUGAGAGGUUAUGUCCUCUCAACUCUAACAUUUAAAAAACUAUGUUCCUCUUUUUUAUCUUCAAGGUAUACUCAACUCAAUGUGAGAAGCUCAUCACUCUUCAGCGAGUACGAUGCACAUGUGCCAAAGUUCUUGUGGGACAGACCCAGAGGUGUUGUCAGCCAUAUCAGAUCAAGACUCCAAGGGGCGUUAUUGUAUCAAGAGAAGGAUGUCACUGCAGUCAGCAGCGGCACGUUCAACGUGAAGAGUGAGAGCAAGCCCACCACACACCAAAGCUUUGGUACCUGUGACAUCAUGCCAUCUUGUACUUGCAAAGACUGGAUGCGACACAAGCUCCCUUGCAAGCAUAUGUGUGCUGUAUUCCACCACGUGCCAGGAUGCGGAUGGCAUAGUCUUGCUAGAUGCUACAAAGACAACCCAAUAUUCUCUUUGGAUGAAGAAUGCCUGGCACAAACACGUACUGAGUACAGUGAAGGUAACAGUUCAGAAUCAAUCACAGUACCAAUGGAUGUGCCCUUAUCAUGUGGUCUUCCUGAACUGCCCUGUGAUGAAGAGCUAUGCUCUGCUUCCCUCCCCCCAAGAAAGAGACAGAAUAAGACAAAACUGAGAAGAGAAUGCGCCAGCAUUCUGAGGGAGGUCACUGAUCUCACGUACCAUCUCCAAGAUGAGACCUACCUGGAACACCUAAAGGAGCAACUGACUAACAUCAAGGAUGACAUGAGGCAACACGUGCCCCACGAUGACACGCUCCCUCUGACUCUGACACCUAAGAAAAGGAAGGCAGAAAGUGGUCAUGAAACUGAGCUGGAUCCAGGUCAAUCUGGGACUCUUCCCAUUAAACGAGUGCCCCAAAAACACCCGUUCACCAAAAGAGUUGGUCACCAUGCAGAGACAAUGAGGGCGAACUUUCGGGUGUCCCUGAACCUCGAGACUGUUACAGACAAAGAAGAUGUUUCUGUUUGUAUGGCAGAGGUGCCCAUCACCUUGAGUGAUGAGGAUGAAAAAGUUGACAACAUCUGUCCCGAAGAUGGUGAGAAGAAGGCAAACACAGGGUUCGAACACUUUGGCAAAACAAUGCUGAAUGAAGGUGACAAGAACAUUCUACAGACCGGGCAGUGGCUGACUGACCGGCACAUUAACUGUGCUCAGCAACUACUGAAAAACGAAUAUCCCUUCAUCGAAGGGUUCAAUGAUACCAUCACACUUGCCCACGACCAAGCACCUGUGCCAGCAUCAGCUGAGUGCAUUCAGGCACACCAUGUGGAAGGCCACUGGGUCUUAUCAACAUCAGUAGGUGGUAACAUAACUGUGUAUGAUUCACUCCGUCCAUCGAUGAAGCACAGUCUUCGACAACAGCUGGUCGGCCUGUACCGGCGCUAUGCCAGUGGAGAGAACUGUGUUAUACCGGUGACAGUCAUCUGUGCACAGACACAGAGAGGAGGAAAUGACUGUGGGCUCUUUGCAGUAGCAAAUGCUGUGGCGUUGGCCGAGGGCAUCUCUCCUGUGGACAUUUCAUUUAAGCAAAGCAGUAUGAGGUUGCACUUAGAAGAGUGCUUUGCAACAGGGAGAGUAGAGAUGUUUCCACAUGAAAAAGCAAGACAGACCAACACCCAGAAAACCACCUAUCAACUGUCCACAUUCUGCAAGUGCCUUGAGUACAUUAGCCUAGAUCACCCAUGAUCCAGUGUGACAGCUGUGAGCAGUGGUUCCACUACCGCUGUGUAAAGCUGACGGCUCAUAAUGUUGCCUCCAUGGUUACAGAGGAUGAGUACAUCUGCCCCACAUGCCAGGCCUGAACAGUACGUGGCGAAGUACAUGCUUCUUUUUUCCUUUUUUUUCUGUAGGGGAAAACUUAUCUGCCCAAUUUAAUAGAGUCAAUGUGGCCCUUAAAGGUAUAAUGCUUAACUGUUGAACCAACAUCUUUGUAAAUAGUUCACAUUCCAAAAGUGUUAGUUACUUUAUAUAGUUGUUAAGUAUCUGUUCAAAUUCAAAAAAUUUCUCAAAAGUUGAACAACAGUCAAACAGCUUUUUUGGGCAGCAUGAGAACCAAGGGCACAACCACUUUCUAUGCUUUAUCUGCAUUUGACAGCAGCAUGGAACGUUAAUUACAUUACCCUCAAUUUUUUUUGUUUCAUUUGUUUUUGUUCAGAGGACACUGCCUCGGUGACUGGGCUUGGCUUAGGGUUACACUCCCUAAGUGACCGAGGGGGCCCAACUUAAUGUUCCAUGUUACUGCCUAAUGUAGCCAGCAUAGUUAGUGGUUGAUGUAGAAAAAUAAUUGUUUGGCACUUGGGGAUUUUAUUUUUUUAAACUUGAAUGUUUUUGUCUUUCUUUAGGGGGGAGGGGGAUGACACCCUUGGCAGAUGACCUCCCCGUUGGUGGGUGUCGGUAAUGUUGUCCUCACAGGCAACAGCUAACGAUCUGCCAUAUGAUAUUAUGAAUAUAUUAUGAUCAGGCACCUGAAUUGCUAAGACUUUAAUCUGUUAAGGUUUCAUUUUCUGUGCAAAUCAAAGCAAGACUGAGCGUGGCUAUUGACAUUCCUGGUAUAUGUCAAUAAGAAAAUACUUGUUUCUGGGCAGUAAAGACCAGGUAAGAUAACUUACAGGUGACAUAGGUGUGUUUCGGUCCAUGUGUUUCUGGGCAGGAGAGAACAGUCAGGUCAGAUACCUUACAGGAGAUAAAGUGUAAGAAAACACACCUGACUCACCUGUAAGGUACCUUGCACAGUCCUUAUGUCACGAAGUGUUUUACACAUAUAUUAUAUUCGAGCAGGGGGGCUGCUGCCUGUUCCAGCACACCGUGCGCACGUGGUAACCAUGUGCGCACGCGGUGUUAAGCAGGUGUUCAAACAGGUAGCAACGACACCUGUUCGAAGGAAGGGGUUCUAGAAGAGUUACGUUACCGGAUUCAGGGACUUGAAAGAAAUAAAGGAAAACGAUAAGACGUAAUGUCUAAGUCUCCGUCAUUUCACGUGGCCGCCGUGAAACUUAGUUAAAAAUAACAAACCUGACUCACCUACAGGUGUCUCACCUUGUCCCUUGUCAGCCGCCCAAGUCCCAGGAAAUACACGUAACUCGCCUGUAAGGUGUCUUACCUGAUUCCUUGUCAGCCCAAGUCAAAAGUUAGACACGUAACUCGCCUGUAAGGUGUCUCACCUGGUCCCUUGCCAGCCAAAGUCAAAAGAAAUACAUGUAACUCACCUGUAACAUUAGUGUCUUACCUGGUUCAUACCAUGAACAUACAAAUUAUCAAGCUUGUACU